UACCUAGAUCUCGGAACAACUGUGCUUCGAUGUUAGUCGUAGUCGCCGUUCAAAUCAAAGCUUAAAAUUCGAAUUAUUUUCCUUGCUGCGACUGUUACACGUUCGUUUCGGUGGAUGCGAAGCGUUCGAGGGAGCUGCUGAAAUUGAGCAAAAGCUGAGGCACUAGAGAAGAGCGGAGUGAAAGAACCGCCAUGUCGCUACAACCGAAGCCAGUGGAUUUCGCCCAAAUGUGGGCCAUGUUGGAGCCCACCGUGCAAGGUGUUAUCAAAUUAGGAAAUGUGCAGAAGACGGACUGGAAUGAAGGAUUUGGUCACGUGUAUGCUUUGUGCGUGGCCCAACCGGAAAUCCUGGCCGAUCCUUUGUACGACAAGACGCAGAUAUUCCUCGAGACCCACGUCAGGGAUCUGCUGCAGGUGGUUAAACAACACAAAGGGGUUGACAUGCUGAAAGCUUACAACGACUUCUGGAACGUCUAUAAGGAGGGAUGCCAGUAUCUUCAUCUUCUUUACAUGUACUUAAACACGCAACACAUCCGAAAAUCCAAAUUUGGAGAUACCGACAUGCGGUUUGUCGACACAUCUCUUCAGCAGGUGGAGCAAAUGGAAAUCGGAGAGCUGGGCCUGUCCGUUUGGAAGGACGAAAUGGUAAUACCCUUGGUUACUGAAAUUGUCAGUUUGCUGCUGGAAGGAAUACAGAAGGACAGAGAUGGCACUGCCUCCUUCCAAAUGACCUCCAUCAUGCAAGGCGUGAUUAACUCGUUUGUCUGCGUUGAGGAGUACAAGCUGAAGAUGCAGCAACAGUUGUAUGAAGAAAUCUUUGAGAAGCCCUUCCUGGACGCCAGCGCGGAAUAUUACAAAAGAGAAGCCAGCAGGAUGCUCCAAGAGUACGACAUUGCCGAGUACAUGGAAAGGGUCAUACAGAAACUGGAGGAGGAAAACAAAAGAUGCAGUCGCUUCCUUUACAAGACUUCCUACGAAAAAGUGCGCAGUACAUUCGAGGAGCACUUUGUCGAGGACCACAAAGACCGGCUGCUGAGCGAGUGCGAAGGAAUGGUCGAGGGAGAGCGAAAGAGUGAACUGGCCAACCUGUACAUCCUGCUAAAGCCUCUGCCGCAGCACAUGAACCACUUGAUUUCCACAGUGCAGGAGCACAUUCAAAAGAAGGGUCUCGAGAGCAUUUCCAAUCUGUCUGGGGAGAACGUGCACACACAGUUCGUGGAAAAUAUGCUGGGUGUGCACAAGAAAUACAGGGACCUCAUCAGAGAAGUGUUCAGGGACGACCAGUCUUUUGUGGGCGCUCUUGACAAAGCGUGCACUAACGUUAUCAACCACAAAGCCACUCCGAGAAGCCCCUGCAAGUCCCCUGAGAUGUUGGCAAAGCAUUGCGACUCGUUGCUACGCAAAACCGCCAAGGGAAUCACGGAAAACGAAGUGGAGGAGAAACUGGGUCACUCAAUCACAAUAUUCAAAUACGUCGACGACAAGGACGUAUUUCAAAAGUUCUACUCUCGCAUGCUGGCCAAACGCUUGAUCCAGCAGAUGAGUUAUUCAAUGGAUCUGGAGGAAAAUAUGAUCAACAGAUUGAAGCAAGCGUGUGGCUACGAGUUUACCAGCAAGCUGCACCGAAUGUUCACCGACAUAAAUGUGUCUAGCGAUCUGAACGCUCAAUUCCUCAUCUCGCUAUCGAAAGCAGGCGAUGUGCUGGGCAUCAAUUUUUCUGUCAACGUUCUACAGACAGCUGCCUGGCCUGUUCACAACUACAAUUCAUCACCAAUCACGCUGCCUUCUGAACUGGAAAAUGCAGUGCAGAAGUUUGAGAGUUAUUACCACACGAGGUUUAACGGCCGCAAGCUGACUUGGAUCCACUACUUGUGCCAAUGUGAACUUCGCCUCAACUACCUAAAGAAGACUUACUUCAUCACAAUGAAUACCUAUCAAAUGGCGAUCCUGCUGCUGUUUUCCAAGCCGAACACUGUUCCCUACAGCGAGAUCAGAGAGGCCCUGUCCAUGCCCGACGACACCCUAAGCAGGCACAUCGCCAGUUUAGUUGAAUGCAAGUUCCUCACUUCAGACACCGAGACCAUCGGCCCUGAGAGUCAGUUGACUCUGAACAUGAACUACACCAACAAACGUACAAAGUUCAAAAUAUCCAACGUCAUCCAGCGCGAGCUGCCUCAGGAAUCUGAGCAGACGAUGAGCGCCGUCGACGACGACCGCAAAUUGUACUUGCAGGCGGCGAUCGUUCGCAUCAUGAAGGCAAGAAAGUCGCUCAGACACAAUGAAUUAAUCACUCAGGUGUUGGCCCAAAAUAAUGGUACGUUCACACCCUCCAUCACCAUGAUUAAGAAGAGCAUUGAGUCGCUUAUUGAGAAGCAGUACUUGGAAAGGACACAAAACACUACUGACUACUACAGUUACAUUGCUUAAAGCUGGAAUGAUUUUAUUCCACUCUUGUAUGGCUAUAAAGGAGUUGUUCUGUGCCUAAGGAAUUGUCUCAUUUAACUCGAACUGUGUAAGCCCCAAUGUACUGUAGGAUCAAAUUAAAUAUGAGUUGUCUGAGCCUUUUUUAAAAUAUACACAAGUGGAUGCCAAGA